CCGCCCCCCCCUCCAGAGCCGAGUCCCCUCCUCGGAAGUAGACGCAUCAGUCUAUUCCGUUCUUUUAUUUUUAUAUAUUUUUCACCCCUUUUCCCUAACAACCUGUUAUGGACGCCAGGAUGGACGAUUAAACCGAAAAACGGGUCCCCGAUUUCACCCCAUAUUUGCCCUCGGUGCGAGCGGACCGGAUGAAAUCCAACUGUGCUGUUCUCCGCUUCGCAGGGGAGGUGUCCAGUGGGGAGGUAGGCUCAACCAGGGGACAGGAUGAAGUCCUUCGAACCCUGGGGACGCCAGAGGCUGGCUUUUCUUCUGGAAAAGGCCGCCUCUAGGGAAGCCCAGAUGUGGAAGGCCUACCUGCCGAAGAAGCCCUCCCCACAGGAUACAGACGUCUCCCCCGGGCAGCGGGACGAGGCGGUGCGCUGGCUGACGGAGCUCCACUGCAAACUGCAGCUGUACCCGGAGACCCUGGUGAUCGCCGUCAGCAUCCUGGACCGCUUCCUCGCCACCAUCAAGGCCCGUCCCAAGUACCUGCGCUGCAUCGCCAUCACCUGCUUCUUCCUGGCUGCUAAGACCUGCGAGGAGGAUGAGCGUGUGCCCUCUCUGAAAGAGAUGGUGGCCUCCAGUGACUGUGGCUGCUCUCCGUCAGAGAUCCUGAGGAUGGAGAGGAUCAUCCUGGACAAGCUGAGCUGGGAUCUGCACGCCGCCACAGCACUGGACUUCCUGCACAUCUUCCACGCGAUGGUGUUGUCGUGCCGUUCCGGGUUCUUGGACUCCGCGUCGGGCCUGAGUGGCGCUCAGCACCUCACCCUGCUCACACGGCGCCUCUACCACUGCCUGGCCGACCACACGCUCACUCAGCUCAGAGGAUCCAUGCUGGCCUUGGCCCUGAUCACCCUGGAGCUGGAGACCUGCUGCCCCGACUGGCUGGUUCUUACCAUGGACCUGCUGAGGAAGGCACAGAUCGACAGCUCUGAGUUGAUUCGGAGUCGAGAGCUGGUGGCUCGUAGUCUGUCCACACUGAGAGCUUCCCUGCCUCCAAACACUGUCUACAUCUACCAACCCCUUCGGAGCCACAGCACCCUGCAGCCCCCGGCCCCCGCUCCCCCCCACUGCACCCUGGGGAUCAUCACCUCCACCCAGGAGUAUUCCAGGGACCACAUCCUCGCCACCUCCACCUACGAUGGUGGGGAGGAGGGGAACCAGCAGCCCUGGAGAUCCGUCUGCACCUCCUCCACCUGCACCACCGCCAACAGCAGCAUGCCAGUUCUAGUUGCUCCCCCCAAACAGCUCGGCCCUCCUAAGGUCCCACUUCGCUGCAAGGCCUCCGCCAAGCGCAAGGUGGAGGAGAUGGAGGUGGACGACUUCUACGAUUGCAUCAAACGCCUCUACAACGAAGACGGCGUCCACGAGGGGGCGACAGGUGGAGGAGGAGGAGGUGGAGGUCUCGGCGUCUGCAGUGUCCUGUUGACCCGACAGGAAGGCAGCUCUUCCCCCUGCCCGCCUCUGCAGCCGGUCGGUUCCUCCUAGAGACCAAACCGCCGCCACGCCGCCGUCAGCGUUACCUUUUGAAAUGAAGCUGCGUCAGCGACGGGCCUGUUGUUCCGUUUAAAGUGCGCAGCGGUAACCAAUGACGUCGGCCGUGACGGGGGUUUGGUUCCGACCCGAGCGUGACCCCGAGCCUUCGAGCAGCUCCCAUCAUCCCCUGCAACAGGAAAACGAAGCCCAAAAACAAAAAAAACCUGCUGCUGUGUUAUUAACUUUAUUCGUUGCAUUAUGACAAAAAGAUUUAAAAAAAUAUAUAAAUACAAAAGUUACAUAAAAAAAAUCCGAAUUGAGCCCCGUCUCCCUCCGUCUGUCCUGUUUGUCAACUUAUUUUUGUUGUUCACAUCUUUAACUUUCCGUUCCUAUAUUUAUGUUGAUUCUAUCUUCAUCACUCUGCAUGUUCUCGUCUCUUUCAUAGUCUGUGGAAAUGUGACGAUUCUGUGUAUCGUGCAGCCUUUAUCUUUUUAGUGAAGUGCAAUUUGAAGGUGAGAUGCUGAUAUCUAAUAUCUGCCUCCUACGAGUCCCUCUGCCCCCCCGGCCUGAAUGAACAUGUUUCCAUCGCCCCACAAACUGAAAUCUUGCUUUAAUCCUUUAAGGUUCUAAUGAAAGGCUCCCAGGUCCAUUCAUUACUGAUCCGCCCCCGAGGGAGUCAAGUGCUAGUCCAUAUGUAAUAACACAACCCUGCCCUAUUUAAAGCAUUUAAUAUUAAGCUAUUAAAUGAAAACGUUUUUUGUGUCUGCGCUUCAGUAGGAGUUUCCAAAAAAACACGCUUUGUUUUUAUUGAAGUUCUGUUUAAUAUAUUUGUGUUCCUGUAAAAAGCACCGUUUCCUGCUGUGGGAGAUGCUGGUGGCUGCUUCGGGUCCCUGAAUGCACCACAGCACCAAUAAAUGAAGAGAUAAUACUAUAAAAAAC